AUGAGGUCUAUGGACGCCGAUCAAUGGAAAGCAGCUAUGGACAAGGAAAUGAGGGGCCCAAAAGAUCAUGAUGUGGCGGAUCUAGUACCAAUUCAGAGUCUACCCCCUGGAGCUAACCCCAUAGGAUCAAGAUGGUUGUACAAGAUGAAAGCAACUGGAGUAAUGCAGGCAAGACUCAUCGCACAAGGCUGGGGACAACGACAUGGCAUCGACUGUGGAGGAACUUAUGCACCUGUGCGUCGAUUCAGUUCGCAGUUAGUAUUGAUGGCAAUUGCAGCGGAAAGAGGAUACGUUGUGGAAACCAUGAAAGUGGUAACUGCAUUUCUUCAAAGCAACGUGGAAGGAGAAGUGUACGUUCGUCAAGCCAAAAGAUACGAAAUAACGGAUGAAGUUACGGGACUACCACUGGUGAUGGAGCUCAAGAAAAGCUCAUACGGACUGAAGCAAAGCCCUCGGAACUUCGGCAACGCAUUUGCUAAAAGGAUUGAAGAAAUCGGUUUACUGCUCUUCUAGCUACUGAGUGACCCGUGCGUAUAUGUGUACGGAGCUGGACCGACCUAUAGACUAUAUGCGAUUCUGUGAGUUUUAUUUUUUGUUGUUUGUUUUUCUCCCAUCAUUGGACUCUGUCGUCUGCCCCUCUGGCCCCUAUCCUCCACUUCAACUAGCUAGACGACCCAACCGGUGUCAAAUAGGAGGGGGGGAUUGGACACCCUCCUGCGGUUCAUGCCUGAGGUAUUUUUAUCGCGAGAAGGGACGACUGCACAUUAGCCGGAAGGACACCAAGUGUUGUACAAGACUUGAAGAAGCAAUUAUCGAACAAGUUCAAGGUGACCGAUGGAGGACCGGCGGAUCUACCACUAGGGAUGGAGAUUUCUCAACGUGACGGAGAAAUCACUGUGAGCCGACACAAAUGCGUGAUGAAUAUUCUGGACAAGUACCAGAUGGUGGAUUGCAAACCAGCAGCAACUUCAGGGAGCGGACCGGAAAUUGAACAAGAGCCGGAGAAUGCUAUCUACUUGAGCGAGGAGGACAAGAAACUCUACCAAGGAAUUGUCGUAAGUCUACUCUCCCUGACUAACACAACGAGAUGGGAGAUUGGAUAUGCCAUGAUGAUCCUGUGCAGAGGGAUGAACAAGUCUACCAAUCAAANCUAAUCAACAUAUGGUCGGAGCAAAGAGAGUGCUGAGAUACCUUCGAGGAUGCCCGGAUAUGCCACUGAAGUUCAGGAGAGGACAAUGGGACCUGAAGUGCUAUACUGUGGCGUGAGCUUCGCUGGAUCGAGCGAGAGACUUCAGA